UAUUUAUUUAGAGAUAUAUAAUUUUAAUUAUUUAAUUUUCGUUCAUAUUUUUAAAAAUAUGUAUAUAAUCUAACAAAAAUGAGUCUGCCUUUAUUCUAGAAAUUUGAUUAUUUUCAAAUUCCAAAGAGUGAGGGAAAACGGAGGUUAAUUAACGUUCAACUUCAACCGAGUCAGGCAAUAUGCUGAACGGCUCAAGCCCACGGCUAGAGUUGGAUGAAUUACAAUUUUCAAUUAUUUUGGAAUAAAUUUUUCUUUUAAAAAAAAUAAAUAAAUAUUGAAGGAGGCAGGUGAGUACGAAGAUAAUGAUCCAAACAAAAUUGAAGAACUCCACGUGGCAAAAUACUGGGUGCGUGCAGACUUAAUAAGGACACGUGUAGAGAGGCAUGCAUGAGAAGCAUAUAUGUAUUGUUGGAGAGAGAAGUGAGAUGAAAUCCAAGACUAAUGCAGAUCUCAAAUGAGAAACGAGGGCUGAGAGAGAAGAAGGUGGGGGAUGUGACGGUGGAGAAGAGGAGGCUGGUGGAGGUGCCCUACACUGCCACCCUCGCCCACACUUUGAACGCCCUGGUGGCCAACCGGGUGGUGGCGGUGCCCGUGGCUGCCCCUCCUGGUCACUGGAUCGGAGCCGGUGGCUCCAUGAUAAUGGAGUCUGACAAGCAGACCGGUGCAGUGAGGAAACACUACAUAGGGAUGGUUACCAUGCUCGAUAUACUUGGCCACAUUGGUGGCGGUGAUGGGUUCGAUUUUGAAGGGAUAAUGUCUGUUCCUGUGUCCUCCAUCAUCGGUCAUUGCCUUGAGGGCCUUAGUCUCUGGACCCUCAAUCCUAAUACUAGCAUCCUUGACUGUAUGGAGAUGUUUAGCAAAGGAAUCCACCGAGCUUUGGUGCCUUUGGACAGCCACAUGGAGAAUAUAUCAGGAGUAGAACUUGUAGAGUCUGCAUCAAGUUAUCGGAUGCUGACACAAAUGGAUGUCUUGAGGUUUUUAAAGGAACAUGCCUCUGAACUGAACAGCGUCCUAUCCUGCAGUGCUGGGGAACUGGGAGUGAUUCAUGAGACGGUUUUUGGAGUUACUGAUGGUACUAAAGUCAUGGAAGCCAUUAAGUGCAUGAAGGUUGCUUCGCUUAAUGCUGUUCCUAUAAUUGAAGCUUCAGAUGGCACUGAAGAUUGCACUAAGCUCAUAAAUGGCAAAGGUAGGAAGCUCAUAGGGACAUUUUCAGCAACAGACCUGAGGGGCUGCCCGGUUACUCAGUUGCAGUCAUGGUUGCCUCUGAGUGUCAUGGACUUUACAGAGAAGGUCUCAACAAGCCCUUUACAUGGAUCGACCAACUCCAGAAGCCCCUGGAGGGAACUCGUGACCUGCUUUGCUGAAUCAUGCCUGGGUGAAGCAAUUGACAAGGCUGUCGCUAAACAUGUACACCGAGUUUGGGUUGUGGACCGACAGGGAUCACUCGUUGGGCUUGUUUCUCUUACUGACAUGAUUAGAGCAGUAAGGAUCUCACUGCUUUCGGAUGCAAGUGUAAUCUGAUAUGGAACAGCUGAGUGCUGUUUGAUAUUUCUUGAGUUUUUUUUUUUGGCAUGGCUGUCAUCAAUACAAUAGUUUCAAAAUUAAGGAGUGAAUGGCCUUGCAGGCAGUUUGGUA